AGAAUAAAGAACAAUCGGAGACCUACUCCUACUUUUUAUGUGAAUCCCUCUCCCGUUACGCGGUUCAGAGAUCUUUGCUGCUCGCAGGAUCUCUUUUUCCAGAUCUCCUGGACGCAAUGCUUCUUUCAAUUCCGGCAAAAAGAAAUUCUCAGAUCCAAUGUUGAUCUCUGAGAUCUCCUUCCUUUGAUUCAGAUCCAAGUUUUUCUUUUUCUUCUUCCAUAAGAUUUUCCCAGGCAAAAUUUUUUCUCCAAUUUCGGAGUCCACGCCAUGGGUUCGUGCUCGAGGCCCAGGAGUCGCGCUUCGAUUCGCUCUCUUCUUCUUGCUGGUGGUCUCCUUUUCUCGGCUCUCUGUAUCGUCUCUGCUCAGGAUUCUGUGGUAGAAAAUGAAAAGGAAGAAUCAAGUGGGUCACUUGAUCUCGGCCGCCGUGGUGGAAUGAAUCUUCAGAAUGAUGUUGAUUCCAUGGUUCUUGAUCCUGGGUUUGCCUCUGUUGGUCUGGGCGUUUUUGAUGCCUUCUUUACAAGUUUGUCCAUGAUAAUUGUCAGCGAGAUUGGAGAUGAGACAUUUAUCAUAGCUGCUCUAAUGGCGAUGCGCCAUCCCAAGUCAAUUGUGUUGUCUGGUGCGCUAGCUGCCCUGAUAGUUAUGACAGUUCUUUCAACUGGACUAGGUAGGAUUGUGCCUAAUUUGAUAUCAAGGAAGCAUACAAAUAGUGCAGCCACAGUUCUCUAUGCCUUUUUUGGACUUCGGUUGCUUUACAUUGCUUGGAAAUCAGAUUCAAAGUCAUCUCAGAAGAAGGAAAUGGAAGAGGUGGAAGAGAAACUAGAGGGUGGUCAAGCAAAAACAGGCUUGCGACGCUUCUUUUCUAGAUUCUGUACACCAAUUUUUUUGGAGUCGUUUAUUUUGACGUUUCUGGCAGAGUGGGGCGACCGUAGCCAGAUUGCAACAAUUGCGCUGGCGACGCAUAAAAAUGCGCUCGGAGUAGCUGUAGGAGCCAUAAUAGGACAUACCCUUUGCACGUCGUUAGCUGUGGUGGGUGGAAGCAUGUUAGCAUCCAAGAUCUCUCAACGAACUGUAGCUACUGUUGGCGGCUUGCUCUUCCUUGGCUUUUCUCUGUCUUCGUAUUUCUACCCUCCUCUAUGAUACUGGGGCUAACUUGAUUCUUUACCGGGCAUUGCAAUGCUCUUCAGGCCAACUUUCUGUCUCUGUUACACAUACCAAAGCUAGUUGAGGACAAGGUCAUAUAUGUUAUUUUGUGUAAUUAGCUUUUGUGUCGUAAUUGUUUAAGAAAUUUUCUUUUUGUUGCAAAAUUGUCUUAAGAAAGUCAUUCAGUUAUACUCUUCUAGUGUACCAUUGCUCUCCAGUUUUAGUCUGUUUUCUUAUUAAGUUGCCAAAUUUUUAUUGGCUUGCAAUGCGAUUUUCAUAAUACAAUCGAUUUUUUUCG